CAUAAUCCUCCGUUUGUAUAAAUACCCGGUUCCUCUGCACUGUAAUUAAAUCCAACCCACAAGCAAUCCAACCCUCCAGAAAGAAGAAAUCCCAGGUUUUUCCUGUUCUUUCUCGGGAAAAAAUGGCUGGAAUCAACAAUAGGAAGAACAACAUUGUGGCGAUCUUCGACUUCGACAAGACAAUCAUCGACGUCGACAGCGACAACUGGGUCGUCGAUGAAUUGGGUUUCACUGAUUUGUUCAAUCAGCUUCUCCCAACCAUGCCUUGGAACUCUCUCAUGGACCGGAUGAUGAAGGAGCUCCAUGAACAAGGCAUAACAAUCCAUGACAUUAAACGAGUCCUCGAAACGAUUCCGAUUCAUCCCCGAGUCGUCCCUGCCCUCAGAUCAGCGCAUGCACUUGGAUGCGAGUUGAGGAUAGUGAGCGACGCGAACACGUUUUUCAUUGAGACGAUUCUCGAACACCUCGAGAUUAAAGACCUUUUCUCUGAGAUCAACACGAAUCCUGGAUUCGUCGACCAACAUGGCAGAUUGAGAAUCUCACCUUACCACGAUUUCACCGAAUCCUCACAUGGCUGCUCUCGUUGUCCUCCCAACAUGUGCAAGGUACAAUUUGUUUUUCUCAAGAGAUCUUCCUCUCUCAAUGGAUUUAGAAAAAUAUAA